CCAGUAAUUUAAAGUCACUGUUGGUUUACUACCUUGGGGCCAUCUCGUGAACACGAUGUCGUACAGCUUUCGUGAACUCGGCGGCACGAACGAUGACAAUUCCGGGCUGGAGGUAGCGGCCCCGAAAAGCCAAAACCUCGAGGUCAUAUCGCAGGACAACGGGCCCAUCCCGUGCCACUACGACCAAGACUACUACCAAGGUUACCGUUCAUCUAUCCCGAGCACCAAUGCGACCACACCAUCACCAUUGGAGAAGAAGGCGCUGGUUGCUUCGGCCCUGGGUCCAGAAUGGGGAGCGAGAAGGGCAAGAAGAAGUAAAAUACUAUUUAUAGCCGGGGCCGUGCUGGUUGCCCUCAUCGCAGGGACGAUAGGUGGCAUCGUAGGAUGGCAAGUCACAGAGGCCAAGUUCAAGGGGACAACAGAAGAGCUCCAGUCCCCACAGCCAGAUACGCCCCAGUGUGCACCCAGACAAAACGAUACGUCCGGAGCCCGAAACUCGAUCCGGCGCGGAUCGGCCCUCGCGGCGACGGGCCUACGCCUUCACAGAGACACGGGAUACGAGCUGCGAGUGUUUUACCAAGGAGCCGGCGGCGGCGACCUCCGGUACUCGCAGUACGACCACGCGUACGGCGUCUGGAGCGCGCCGAUUGUGGUCGGGCAGUCGAGCAACCACCCCGCGCCGGCGCCCGACACCCCGAUCGCGGCGUCGGUCAGCCUCACGGCCAAGGACACGCACAGUAUGGGCUACCCGGCCUUUCAGAUCUUCUACGCCAGCCGCGACGGCCACAUUGCGCACCACAACUGGCGGCACGGCUUUCCCCUGGAGGGGACGAACGCCAAGACGUUUACGGGGGAGCGGAGGUCGAUGCCCGGCGGGGGCGAGCGCAUCGCCUGUCUGUGGCCGCAGGUCAUCUACGAGACGGACGGGCCCGGCGGCGCUGGCGUCACCAACACGGUCUGGCAGGGCGCCGAGGACAACAAAACUGGUUCCUGGGAGCUGAGCUCGUGGGAGGACGUCGAGCUGAUCGCCGCCGGCGGCAUGAGCAGAGGCUCGCCGCUGCUGGCCCUCCCCAUGACGGUCAACUUCAAGCCUCCCGAGCUGCGGACCGUCUACCGCAGCGCGGACGGGCUCCUCGCGGUGCUGGACCGGGACUCGAACAACAAGACGACGCGCGCCACGCUCUCGGAGGCCAGGAUACCGGACCGGGCGCCCAUGGCGGGCUUCGCGAGCGCCAAGGUCGGCGGAGAGGGGCUCGUGUCCAAGAUCCUGUGGCGCAGCGACAACGGCAGGAUCUACAUCAUGUCGCAGGACGGUAGCAAGGGGGACGGGUCGGACACGGCGGACUGGAGCGGGCCGACGACGGAUGCCGUGUUUGACGGCGCGGAUCAUGAUACGCAGCUUGCUUGCGUCACGGCGGGCGUGGCUGACUGGGCCGGCAUAAAGUUUCCGCUCAGGAAGAACAACAACAUGAAUAGCUGCUUCUUCCAGCGGGACGGUGCCUUGAAGCAUGUCUUGUUUGAUGGGAGUCGGUGGGUAGAUAAGGGCUUCGUGCCGAUGCCGUAGCUAGUAUGGGCGUCUGCCUUUGUUGCAGUUUAAUGAGUAUGAAUAGACGGACUUGU